AUGCAAGAAUUGGAAAAGCUAUUGAUUUGGCCACGCCCCACCCGGGACGUGGGCCUGUGCCUGUUCCAGCGCACGAUCCAAGGCCGCAGAGGUCACGGGGGCCUGAGCCGCUGCAACUGGGCUGCAGGUGUCAACUUCACGCUACCGGCUUGCGCAGUGAACUACUGUAAACUGGGCGGGGCCCGUACCGUGGAUCCACUGGCAGUAUCGCGUGGCACAACCGGCACUAUCAACCUGCAUUGUGCGAUGCUGGAGUACCGACGGAUUGGGCAGAGCAUCUACCGCAGGUAUCAGUUCAGGAGCAAGCGGCCUGGCCUGGUCGCCAAGGCCGAGGUCAUCCAACUCAUCAGGCGCCAUGACAACCUGCCUUUCCUGAACAGGAGGCUCCGAUCCGCCUGCCUGAGCCUGUGCGGCAGCAGACCCUGGGGCCUCGAGGGAGCUGGCGAGGGACUUCAAACUAGCAUCGGUGACCACGAGGGGCUCAAGCAGAUCAAUUGGAAAACGCGGACGUUGGCGGAGCGCGUCCUGACGGACCUGCCGAAGUGCAGUGGCUUGCAUGUAUGCAUCAAUGAAAUUUGCAGCUAG